AUGACGAACAUCAUCAGUUACUGCAUCUUCCGUCAUACUGCAUUUCGAUUUCAGCUUUCGGAAAAUGCCGGUAAGGCUCUAUUCUCCUCUUCUGCUCAUUUCACUAGCGUGGAUGAUGCCCUAGAUUCGUUUAACAGGAUGCUCAACACGAAUCCCCAUCCUUCCAUUGUGAAAUUCGGUCAAUUAUUGACUGCCCUUGUGAAACUGAAAGCCCCCGAGGCUGCACUUUCAGUGGCCGAACGAAUGGCUUUGGCUGGCAUCCCCUGCAACGAUUACAUACUUAACAUGUUGAUUCAUUGCUACUGCAAAUUGGGUCGGGUGGAUUUCGGGUUUUCGAUCUUAGGCAAAGCUUUUAAACUCGGGCUUCAACCAGAUGUGAUUGCUUUCAAUACUAUGAUUGACGGGCUCUCCAAAAGUGGGAGAAUUCCUGAGGCAGUGGAGUUGUUUAAUAAGAUGGUGGCUUUAGGAUAUAAGCGGGAUGUGGUCACUUACAACGCGAUCGUAAAUGUGCUGUGCAAGAUGGGCAAAACGGAUGCAGGUCUUAGUUUGCUUAAACAAAUGGAAGUUUUGGGCUGUAGCCCUAGUGUUGCUACCUAUAACACUGUCAUGGAUGCCCUAUGUAAGAAUGGUUUGAUGUCGAAAGCUUUAGAUGUUUUUUCAGAGCUAAAGAAUAAGGGAGUUUCACCUGAUGUUUUCAGCUACAAUUCCUUAAUUCACGGUCUAUGCAUCUCAAGCAAGAGGACUAAAGCUUUGAAGAUGUUGAUUGAAAUGAUAGAAAGUGACAUUAUGCCUGAUGUAUUCACCUUUAGCAUAUUGGUUGAUGAUUUCUGCAAAAAUGGGAUGAUUUUGCAAGCUAAAGCUGUGGUCAACAUGAUGAUCCAGAGAGGAGUGCACCCAAACAUUGCUACAUACAACUCAUUGCUAGAUGGAUAUUGUUUGCGAAGCGAAGUGGGCAACGCUAGAAGGUUAUUUGACUUCAUGCCCAGCCUGGGAUGCAAGCCUAAUGUUCGUACUUACAGCAUCAUGAUCAAUGGAUAUUGUAAAGAUAAAAGGAUCUCUGAAGCCAACAAGUUAUUUUUUGAUAUGCUUGAGAAGGGUUUGAAUCCAAACAAUAUUACAUUUAAUACUCUUAUUGAAGGAUUCUGCCUCGUACAAAGGCAUCAAGAAGCACAUGAACUUCUCACGAAAAUGGUUGAUCAGGGUCAAGUUCCAGAUGUUGUGACAUAUAGCAUUUUGCUUAAUGACAUGUGCAAACGAGGUAAGCAAGAUGAGGCAUUGACUAUGUUCCAAGCAAUAAAAAAUAGCAAGUUAAAGCCUGAUGUUCGGAUGUACAAUAUCUUGAUCGAUAGCCUGUUCAAAACCGUGAAGCGUGGGGAGGAAGCAUGGGCUUUGUUUACUAGCCUCCGCGAAGAUAAGUUCUUACAACCUAAUGUAUAUACAUAUAACGUGGUCAUUGGUGGGCUUUGUGGACAAGGUUUGGUCGAUAAAGCUUAUGAUUUGUUUAGAACAAUGGAGGCAAGUGGUUGUGCACCGAAUUCCCGUUCUUAUAAUGCGAUCAUCACUGGAUUUCUUCAGCACAAAGAUCCACUUGAUGCAGCGGAACUCAUUCAAGAGAUGGUUUCUAAGGGGUUCUCCGCUGAUGCUACCACAAUGUCCUUGAUCGUAGGUUUAGAUAAUCCAUUUCCUGUAGAACUUCUUGGUUCCUCUGAUUUGGGUGGUGAGGAGAAAGAGCCUAAGGGUUUAUUAACAAAUACAAUUCAAGGGGAAUUAUGUGGUACCCAGAAACCUCUUGAAAGUCAUUAUAAUGAGGGAACAAGGAAAAGGGAAGUCACCAGCAAAAAGAGAAGAGGAAAAGAGAAACGGAAGACAGAAAUGAAGACAGAAGACACGGCCCAGCUUAUUAGAGCCGGCAUGGUUUCACAGACAAUGCACAACAUGUUCACCUGUCCAGGGAGUUUUGCUGAGGCGCAGCAUGGGUGGUGACUUUCCCUGAGAUAAUCACCACAACUCUGAGGAAACUCUGCCAUAUUUCCACUGUUCUCUUCAGUAUUCUAGUGGCAAGGAAACCGAGUUCCCAAUUGAACUUGAACAGACUCUGGAGCUUAUGCUGGCUGAUAAUUACCUGCACACUUUAAUGAGAUUGGUUAUCUUACUUAUUGUUGGCAAAAAUAUAAUGGACCCUGGAUAGGGCUAUGCUUGCCAAGAAAAGAUAGGGCUGCGCUUGGUAUGUGUAAUUGCCAGUCAGGUGCAUUAUGUUUUACUAAGCAGACUUGUAAAAGCAUUGAUUUGACCAAAGAACAAGUUGGUACUGAAGCUAGCAAAAUGCAUAUGGCUACUUAAUAUGUCCAUUUUUUGUUGUAAACUAUUAAAUUGUCGUGGAAUGGUCUCCCAACUUCCAAGCAGUGGCUUCUUCUGUUCGUUUGUUUGGUACUAUUAAUGCAGAAUUCGCCAACUUUUUUUUGUUUUGUUUUCCAUAGAGAACUACUUAGAUUGCAUGUGCAUCCUGAGAAUUUGAUGUUGGAAUUAUAGCUUACUUUUGGG